GGGCAGAGCAACAGCAUAUACUACUCCUACUCAUCAGAGCUCCGGCUCCCGCCGCCGCCGGCUUCGCAUCUCCGGCGCCACCACCGCCGCCGCCAUCCUCCUCCGUCGUAGGAUCCUCCGAGCUCGUGCGCCCCGCUAGGCCUGCCUGGUCCUCGCCGAAUCUCCCGCCAGGUGCCGAAUGGAGGAGGUUGUCCCUGCUUCAGCUAAUAGCCAAACUCCGACUGGUGAUGCUGCGGCAGAUCAGCCUAUCAACGUGUACGUGUGGGACUUGGAUGAAACACUUAUUCUGCUCAAGUCCCUGCUAGAUGGGUCGUUUGCCGGGCAUUUUGAAGGCCUCAAGGACCAUGAAAAAGGUACUGAAAUAGGCAAGCGCUGGGAGAACAUCAUUCUUGAACUCUGCGAUGAGCACUUCUUCUAUGAGGAGAUUGAGAACUACAAUCAACCCUAUCUCAGUUCUUUACAUGAGUAUGAUGAUGGGAAAGACUUGACAAAAUAUGACUUUGAGGCCGACUGCUUUAGUUCUCCUUUUGAUGAUGCGAAUAAAAGGAAGCUUGCCUACAGGCAUCGUGCUAUUGGAGACAAGUAUGCAAAGGGUUUGCAAAAAAUUCUGGACCACCGCAUGUUCAAAGUCUGGAGUGAUUUGUAUAGUUCAACAGACAAAUAUACUGAUGGUUGGCUUUCUUCAGCUCAUAAGUUGCUGGAAGAAGCGCUGGGUAAAUCAACACCUGAGCCUGCUGUCAAAUCUUCAAGUAUCAAUUGCAUAGUGACUUCAGGGUCCCUGGUUCCGAGCAUUGCCAAAUGUUUGCUGUAUCGCCUGGACGACGUGGUAUCAUCUGAUAAUGUUUACAGCUCAUGGGAAUCGGGGAAGCUGCAGUGCUUCAAGUGGAUCAAGGAACGGCACGGCGGCCCGAACGUCCGCUUCUGCGCGGUUGGAGACGGCCCCGAGGAGCGCAGCGCAGCUUCCAUAAUGAAAUGGCCGUUCGUCAAGAUCGAGAUCCGCCCAGAUGCUCCUCACAGGUUCCCCGGCCUGAGCCUGUCGACGAUCCAUGGCAUCAUGGAUGCUGUGUACCAGUCAUCGGGCAAAGACGGUUGACUUCUGAUGCCCCCCGCGGUGUAGAUGUCUUGAGGCAUCGAUCGCCAAAAGGAGGAGGCCAGUGAGGUGAUAGUUCAAUGGAACCGCAUAGUGGAGAUACCAUAUAUAUAGGAGGCAUAUUGCCCUCCCUGCCUGGAGGAUCCGGAGACGCCUGUGAGAUAAAUAAAGAGCGCCCGACCAUAUAGUUUGAUCCGUUCCGGCAUGUUUGAAUCGAAUUCUGCCAGUGUUGGCCCAUCUUUACUGUCAUCUUGGGAAUCAUCUGCUGUUGUAAGUCGUAACUGGUUGGUUGGUUGUUGUCGAAAGUCUGUAUCUUUGUGCUUUGGCAUCUCAGAGUUGAUGGUGUACAUGGGAAAUCUGGUUGAGCGAAAAGUCCAUUUAGCCCCCUGAA